CUCUUCGUAUUCUGCUGACAGGAGCGUUAACCAUAAUCCCCGAUGGCACACUCUGAUCCUUUUUUUAUUGAUUUUGGUCUGGUGGAGGGAAAAGAAACCUUGGGAACUGGGCUAUAUAAGGAGGGAAAAUCCAUGCUGUUGUUCAAGGGGAUGGAGACACAGACCCUGAAUUCCAACACACAUCCAGUUUUCAACUGCACUACUGAGCACGUUCGAGCAAGUUUCAGUUGGCUCUUGAUUGAUUUCCCAUACGUGAAACAAGAAACAGACGCCAUGAUUGCUGUCCUACCUAGUACUGAUUGCCUUGAGGAGUCCCAGGUCGAGGCACACGAGUCGUACAGCGCCAAGUCGGCACUCAAGGUGUCCGCUGUUGUCGAUUCUUCCGAGGUGGGCUCCGCGCCGGAUGCAGAUACCGUCUCGCUCGCAGUGGAUGGACCGCGUCGUUGGACAGGUGAGGAAGCUCGCUGACUGAUCGUAUUGGAGAUAUUGAUGUUGACUCAUGUUUAGAGCCAGAUCGAGAGGAGACAGAAAUGACUGCAAUGCUCGAGACACCCCGUGAAGUGAACGGGGAUGUCAACGGGGCUGGACCACAUAUCCUGGAAGAGGAAGACACGGCCCAGUCCCAAGGGCCGGCAUCCGACGUAGACAUCCUGACCCCCGAGCCGUCCGUCAACGGAGAUGAGCCGGAGAUUUUCAAAGAGAAGCAGACAGCUAUUGCAAUCCUAAAGGUCAUCGAGAGCUACGGGGUGAACUAUGAGAAGACAGGCGAAUCUUGGAAGGGUCUUUCAUCUUUCAUCCCUACUGUUCUCGAACAAGUCAAGAAAGGCGAGCCGGUCCGCAUGGUCCUCCCCGCCUUUCCUUUCAAAUCCCCCAACGCGCGAGACAAGGUCCUCGGUGUGCUCCCGGAUAUGGGCGAGGAGCUGGCCCUGCACCACCUCAACGGACUGUGCCAGAAUAUCGCCCAAGUAUACGAACCCGGCGCAGACGCGUAUAUCAGCUCGGACGGUUUGGUAUACAACGACAUCCUGGGUGUAACCGACGAGACGGUGUGGGACUACGGCGAGACCCUGCGGAAGAUGGCCGUCGAGCAGGAACUGCACCACGUCAAGUUCAUCCGGCUGUUCGAGCUCCUCGAACACCCCUGGAUCAAGACAAGCAGCCCCGAAGAAGCCAAGGUGCACUACCUGGCGCACGCCAACUGUCUGCGCCGGGAGCUCGUGUACCGAUUCGGUGACCCGACCUUCGAUGCCGCCGAGGCCAUCCGCAAUGACAACGACACCUGCCUGACGUACCGCGGGUACAUCAAGUUCCUGACCAAGGACCUGGCGCACCAGGAAGACAAGCAGUUUACGACGAAGAAGGCCCGCCAGGCACGCAUCGCUGAUAUCGCGCGCAGUAUGAUCGUCCGCGGUAAGGCGUUCGCCGCUGCGAUCAAGGCCAACCGCGGCGACUACGUGCGCCUCUCGAUCCAUGAGUCCAAUGGCGAGCGUAAGCUCUCCAUCUCUCUGGUUCCCCAGAUCCGCGGUGCCCUCGGGUACACGCCCUGGCACUCGUCCAUCGCUGUCAACGCCGACGGCACGUUCCGCACGGUGCAUGCCGAAGACGUGCGCGAGACGCACGACCUGAUCUACAAGAACGGCCGCCCGUAUUACUUCCGUGAGCGAUCGGACCUCUUCGACUUGCGUGCCGACGGGCUCACCGUCAAAUUCGAGCACCUCUACCCCUGCGGGCUGAUCAUCCGCCCCGUCGACAUCGACGACAGCCGUGCCCCGCCCUCCAUCCGGACCAUCCCCAUGCGCAAAGUCCGACAGUUGUCCAACACCUUCUCACCGGUCGUACUCCGCGGCUUUUCCGACUCCCUCAACGAGGAAGAGUACCUGGCAACCGCCUCCGAGCUAGGCACCAUCCUCCCCUGGAGCUUCGGAGUGAUCCAGAAAGUGCGGGACGCGGGGCGGACCGACAAGCUAGGCAACAACGUCACUUCAAACGAAGCCAUGCCCAUGCACUUCGACGGCAUGUUCAAGUUCGAAGACCAGACUGACCCUGCUACGGGCGAGACCGUCCGCGUCCAGAGGCCCCCAGGGUAUCAGUACUUCACCUGUCCAGCGACCGCCCCGAAAGGCAGCGGGUACACGCUGUUUGCCAGCUCGCGCCUCCUAUUCCGCUAUCUGCCACUCCCGUGGACUGCAGAGCGUCUCCAGCCUGUUACGUGGGCUAUGGACAAUGACGGCUUCUGGGAUGCCAAGCUCAAGAGCCUACCACUUGUCGUGACGCACAAGGUCACGGGCUUGCCCUGCGUGCGCUGGCACCAGCCAUGGGACAAGACGAAGACCAAAUUCUCGACCUGUGCGGUGCAUGUCGAGAACGAGGACCAGGCGCUGGUGGACGUCAUUGAUCGCAUGACUUAUGACUAUCGGGUCUGUUUGCGGUUUGAGUGGGAGAGGGGCGACAUGCUAGUCAGCGACAAUACGAGCAUGCUGCACACGCGGACGGGGUAUAAGAGUCGCUGUGAUCGGGAGUUGUGGAGGAUUCAUUUUGAUUAG